AAGUCGGACAGUCCUGCGCAGGCCUGGCUCAUUUCAAACGAACGUAACCACAAAGUAUAAACAAAACUACACCUACGGAACAGCCCGAGGGACAAUGUUGUGUGCGGAAGUAAAAGUGGAGUAAGGCAAAAGAAGAAACCUAGGCUACAACAGCUCCUGAUACAACUCCACAACGGUCAGCGUAUACUAUGCAAACAAAACUAAAGCUCAUAAUUUCAAACGCAUCAGAAUGCCGAGGAGUGCGACAGACUGGGACGUUGUAAGAGAAAGUUUCGGUCGCUCACAUUCGCCAGAGGAUAUGGAACAUCCAGAAACUUACUCUGGGAAACCCAGUAUGAGUGUCAUGUCAGGAGAGGGACUCGGUGGGAGUGUGGGGCGGUCGUUCGCCAGUCGGAACGGUCCCAAACGGUGGUCCGUCGUCGUACUGUCGGUACUGGGCUCCGCUGUAGCUGCGGCCGCCGUUGGUUGUUUCUGCGCUUUCGUCUACCCGAUACUCAAAGAGCUGCGGGCAGGGAGAGUGAGAGGAGAGGAUGGGACUGAAGAGAGGAUUCUGGGUUUCUGGAGUAUCCUCGUGCUGUCGGUGUUAGUGGGAUGUAUCUGCUGCGUCUGCUCGUGGACUCUCACCUACCUUGACUCGUACCAGCCUGGCAUGGUUUUCCCAACACCGCUGGCACUGGCCCAGUUCAGAGACGUAUCUGGCCGUGGUUUCCACAUGACGUACGGCGUCGUCGUCCUCAACGGCAUUAUGGCCAUGCUCACUGUCAUCUGGAGCCUCACCUGACACACACACACACACACACAUCCUCAGCAGAAAUACCCAGAUGCACAGGUAUCUGAUGGACAAGCAGUGACCAUGUAAAAGUUUCUGACAAGUUCUCUACUAUUAAUUUAAAAUAAAAGUUUGGAAUUGAACAUAAAUCAUUAUGUGUUUGUGGAACCACCAGGCAUCCAGUCAGUGUGAGAAGGCUGUCUCUAAUAGUUUCUGCAGUGCACUCUGGGUGUUUUGUAUCCAAACAGUUAAACUCUAAUGUUCAGCGAAGUAAAAAGAACCCAGGAGUAACAGCUAAAGACUUCACAUCAUUGGAGCUGCUCCACGACUGAAUAUACUACAGGUGUAUACCAGGCUGGUUGUUAUUCAGACUUACUAUUUACACUUGUAGUCAAGACUGACUUUGUUUUAUAGUGAUAUUCAAUCUUUACUAUGUAUUUCAAUUAUGGUUUCAGUGCUAAUUAAUUAGCAGUCUGUUACAUGUUGUCAUUAAAAGAGAACAUGAUUAAAAUGA